UUAACCUUUUGAGAGUAGUUGCGGUUGGCGAAAUGGUAGAGUUGGAGAGUUAGUGUUGUAUUCCCAGAAAACAUGAUUGGAUUUGCAAGAAUUUAGAACAGCAAGAAUGGGUCUUUACAUGCCAUUAUUCAGAGCCUGCACAACUUCAAGAGGACUGACUCAACUCCAUGCCCGCCUCAUUGUCACAGGCCUCCAUAAACAACCCCAAGCCUCCACCAAGCUCAUAGAGUCCUAUGCCAGAAUGGGCUCUCUUCAAACUUCAAGAACCAUCUUUGGGUCAUUCCCGGAACCAGAUUCGUUCAUGUGGGGCGUGCUGAUAAAGAACCAUGUCUGGAAUUGCUGCUUUCAAGAAGCCAUUUCUCUCUACGACGCCAUGCUUUUCCACCUUCCCCAAAUGGGUGAUUACACAUUUCCUUCAGUUUUGCGGGCAUGCGCUGCAAUUGGAGACCUCGGAAUCGGCCAAAAAGUGCAUGGGAGGAUUAUUAAGUCGGGGUUUGUGUCUGAUCCUAUUGUAGAGACGGCGUUGUUGAAUAUGUACGGUGAGCUGGGAUGUAUACUCUAUGCACAGAAACUGUUCGAUGGAAUGUCAAUUAGAGAUGAGGUUUCAUGGGGUUCUAUCAUUUCUUGUUAUGUACAUAAUGAGCAGCCAAGUGAAGGCUUGGAGCUUUUAAGGGGAAUGGCAAAGGAAGAGAUUGAAAUUGAUUCAGUUACACUGCUCAGUGCAGCAGAAGCCUGUGGGGAGUUGGGUCUAUGGAGACUAGCAAAAUCUGUGCAUGCUUAUGUGUUGAGAAAGAAUAUUCAAAGUGGUGAGACACUGAAUACUUCCCUUAUUUCAAUGUACGGGAAAUGUGGCGAUACGGGUAGUGCUGAGGCGCUUUUUCGGUCUGCUGUCAUUAGGAGUACUUAUACCUGGACAGCAAUGAUUUCCGGCUUUAAUCAAAACGGAUGUUAUCGCGAGGCGUUGGGAGUGUUUGUUGAGAUGCAGUUGCAGGGUUCAACUGUGGAACCUAAUGAAGUUACUUUGAUGAGUGGCUUGUGUGCUUGUGCUAGGUCAGGUUGGCUAAAGGAAGGGAAAUCUAUUCAUGGGUUUCUUAUAAGAAACGAUAUCGAUGCUGAUAAUGACAUUCUGAGGUCUGCUUUAGUAGACUUGUAUUCCAAUUGUGGAAGGCUAAGAGAUUGCCUCAAGGUAUUCAACCCAGCACAAGACCGACAUAUUGUUUCGUGGAAUAUGCUUAUAUCCAGUUAUGCUCGGGAAUGGAUGUGUGAAGAGGCGUUGAUACUUUUCACGCAAAUGUUAAUCAAGGGCAUAAUUCCAGACUCUUUUACUCUUGGAAGUGUCAUUAAUGCCUGUGGAGAUAUUGGAUUUAUUCAACUUGGAAGUCAGGUGCAUUGCCAUGUUAUCAAGGCAGGGUAUUCAGAAAAUGAAUUUGUUCAGAACUCUCUGAUUGACAUGUACUCCAAAUCUGGACUUGUGGACUCAGCAUAUGCGAUAUUCGAGGAGAUCCCGGAUAGGGGAGUCGUGGCUUGGACUUCCAUGAUGUGUGGGUUUCAUCAAAACGGUAAAUCUGAGGAGGCCAUCGCUUUGUUUUCUAAGAUGUACUCGGGUUCUCUUGAGAUGAAUGAAGUCACCUACUUGACCGCAAUUCAAGCAUGCUCUAAUUUAGGGUAUUUAGAAAAAGGAAAAUGGAUUCACCAUAAGCUGAUAACCUUUGGUGUAAGAGAGGAUAUGUAUAUUGGCACAGCCCUGACAGACAUGUAUGCCAAAUGCGGGGAACUUCAAAUGGCUCGACUAGUCUUUGACAGCAUGACAGAAAAAAGCGUAAUUUCCUGGAGUGCCAUGAUAGGCGGGUAUGGGUUGCAUGGUCAUAUCGAUGCUGCCAUAUCACUCUUUACUGAUAUGGUAGAUUCAGGAAUUAGACCAAACGAUGUUAUAUUCAUGAAUAUUCUCUCUGCUUGUAGUCAUGCUGGCUACGUUAAUGAAGGAAAGUCUUACUUUAAUGCAAUGUCCGAUUUUGGCAUUGAGCCCAAAUCUGAACACUUUGCAUGUCUAGUCGAUCUUCUUAGUCGAGCAGGUGAUGUAGAAGAAGCAUAUAAGGUGAUAAACUCAAUGCCAUUCCCGGUAGAUGCUAGCGUUUGGGCUUCACUCAUCAAUGGGUGUAGAAUCCACCACCGAACAGAUAUUAUCGCAAGUGUUCAAGAAAAGCUUGUAGAUAUACAUACAGAUGAUACUGGGUACUACACCUUAUUAUCCAAUGUAUAUGCAGAAAGAGGAGAAUGGAGUGAAUGUAAGACAGUAAGGUCAAAAAUGCAGAGUGUAGGUCUUAGUAAGGUCCAUGGGUACAGUAUGAUUGUGAUUGAUAAUAGAAUUCAUCAUAUGCCUGGUGGAUGAUCAGGACUAACUGAUUUGCUAUGAGUUUCUGGAUACCAAUCUGGGAAGUGGGAACUGCAAUUUGAAGCUCAUUUCGUUUAACAGUUGAAUUUGCUAUGGUGGUGUGCCUGAAAGAGGUUUUGUUGGGUGGAGGCCGGUGAAGGGCCAAAUCCAGAAUCAGGUAGCUGGGGGAUUGUUGGGCGGAGGCUUGACACUCUGCCUCUCGAAAAUGUAGUGGUAUAUAAGGAAAUAAAGUUGCGUCUUUGCUAUGAGCUAUGACUUUUGACGUAAUGAUAAGCGUUUGAUCCUAAGUGUGAAGUUGAACCAUAGUAGCAUGAAGCUCUUGAGCUUCUAAGUUUCUGUUUGUGCUGUUGAUAUGAAAGGGUUUUUUUGGAAAGGAACCUUGAAACAAUGCAAAAUCUUGGAAGAUAAAGAGAUUUGCAGAGCAAGGGAGGAGGGUUGUAGUACCACUCCAUACAUUCUGACAAAGAACCGGACUUCCUAGCUAGCUUAUGGGCAGCCCCAUUCACAGAACGUCUAACAAAAGUGAAAUUCACGUGAAGAAAAGUUCUUGCGAUUUCAUUUACAUAAUUUAGAAUCAAAUUAAAAGAUGAGUCCAUUCCAUUAUUAUCAACUAGGAAUUAUGAAAAGACAAAGUGCACACUAUUCAAUCAUGUACAUAACAAUAUUGUUUAUUUGGUGGAAUUGUAAACCUUAUUUUAUGAAAA